GUCAGCGACCGUUGCAUCCAAGGCUCCAAGCCUCCAUGCCAAUGAGAAUUCCACCAGCAUUCAAAAAGACGAUAGCACCAUGACAAUGAACCAUCACCACCAACCAAGGCCCAAAUUGGGCAAUCUCUCACGAAGACGCUUGGCUCAGGGUUAUUCGUUUGGUGAUUUGCUGGUGGAUCUACCCUUGGGCAAAGACAUUAAUACCUCCAGCUUUGCUGUGGAUCUUUCCACCAUCCAGUCUCAGUGCUUUCACAGAAUCUAUCGAUUCUGGUUGACCAAAUAUAUCCAGAUUCGGAACAUAUCCAGACGAAAAUGGCUGAUCCUCUUUGUCGUCCUUGUCAAUUUUAGUAUCUUGGUCGUGGUGGAUCGCAUGACCACCCGAACGCAAUCCACAUCGAAAUGGGCUCGAAUGAUGUACGAAGAUUCAGGAGCAAAGAGUGCGUCUCUUCGAGGAUCUGCUGGCAACCGACAACCCUCUUCAGGAACUAUCAGCGACCUUCAUAUUGCCUUUGUGGGAGAUAGCGUCACCAGGUACAUGUACCUCGACUUGGUCUACUUUUUGCGACACAAUAAAUGGGUACAAGACAACGACAGCCCCAACAUUCUAAAUGCCAAACAAUUCCCUAGUUGGAAUGAUCAUUACAAUGCAUCGACUCUGGCACUGGCUCCCAAUGAAGAAUGCGAUUGCUUUCGGCUCAACCCCAAAAACUCGUCACACAUUGACAAGGAAGAGACGAUUGAAAAUCGGUACUAUGCCGACCCAGAACGCAACAAUUAUGCCACCUUUAUUGAAGUCUUUGGUGGAUAUCAAGCACAUGGACAUUUGUUGCCGGAAGAGGCAUAUGUACAACAUCGACAUGCCAUGGACUUUGAUCGACUCCAAACAGAUCCAUUUGUGUGGCGUCAUGAUUGGCCCGGGUUGAUUCGCAACUACCUCAAUGAAAUGAACCCCAAACCGGACUAUCUAGUGUUCAAUGAGGGGCUCUGGAUUGAACAUGAAUUGGGAGACGAAGACGUGCGACAAUCCAUCAAGGAUGCUCUAGACGACUCUGGCAUUAUUGGAAUCUACAAAACGACAACCUUGCCCAACAUUAAUAGUGGCCUUGCCAAACGAUCCGCUGGCGUGGUCUUUAAUCGACACGAUGAUGCCAUGUGCGAGCUGAUUGGAAACUAUCUAGACUUUUCCUGGACCAAAGACUUGGGGGAUGAACAUUAUUGGGAUGGAGUUCAUUUCAAACCACAUGUCAAUAGAGGCAUGAACAUGGAACUAUUGGAUAUGCUGCAGAAACUCAAGCAAGGACCCGUUGUUACGCCAGCUCCACUAAAGGCUACUCAAUAAUAUGGAUGGCAAAACAACAACAAGAAAGCCGAGAUCUUUACAAAGCUUUUUACGCCCCUCUUGGGGCUGGACUCGACUAGCACAAGAACAAUCCACAUGUACACCGAUGGAUCACCAAGAUUGUACACAUCGCAAUCAUUGACAGACCGGACUCCUUGGUACCGUAUCUAUUAUCUACCCUUUAGUAUUCACCAGAUGUGCCGUGUUUAUCGGCCUUGCAAACAGCUUGUAGCAAUCGGUCGCUUUGAUUAUCUACUGGACCUGGCGAAGGUGUCAUUAAUAUAGCGUGCAACCAUGUUACUGAAGAUAUUAAGAAUCCAUGCAAAAUCAUGCAUUCUUUGGGCAUGGUCAAUGAUCCCAGUGGAAAAGACAGACAAUAGGGUGUCAGUCCCAUUGGACUACUAUUGCCAGAAAAGGGCACACAAAGGUGCCCAUUGGACCACAAAGGUUUGAAAUCAAUCUUGCGGACAUUUUGGCAAGAGCGAAAGGUGAUGCUUUCGUACAUGGACAGUAGCAAGUCUUUCCCGAAUGGUCUCUUAUAUGCAAGAAAGGUGUAUGCCCUGCCGGUUGUAGAGUUGGUCUAGGUGAAUGUUGCAAGGUCCAGGGGUCGGUCCAGGUCUGGAACCGGGAGUGUGGCCUUGGUGAUGGCAAGGAAUUGGGUCUGGUUUGUGGUGUCUUGGGUUGUUCCCAAGAGAUAACAAAGAGUGAGGUCAGGUGUCCUUGCUAGCACGUGCAGCUGCACCUGCAGCUCCAGGAGUUGGGUCUAAAUAGGUCAGGUGUCGAGCCUGGAAACGGGCCUGGAUGAGCGAAAUAGCUAUACAUUCGGGUGUUCGGGCCCGACGCUUACUUAGCUAUCCAUGUGAUUUUUUUAGAAGUACUGGAGUAGCCAUGUACUGAUGGUCUAUUAUAAAAGUGAUUUGAUUCAAGGGCACGGUGGUAUCGAACGACCCGAGAGGAAACCUCUACCGUACUUCUGUCGGAGCUACAAUACAGUGCAGCAGUACAACAACUUGGGACGCUUUGAGCUAUGCAUAGCUAGUGCACCGUCCAGGCCAUGGAACUAUCGGUAUUCUAUUGCGUGGUCUGCAUGCUACAGUGUAGCAUGAGCAGCGCUGCUCUUGUAUUUUAAUAGCGCUUUGGAGCUUUCCUACCGGUACCGGUGUACCGGUACAUGGACUCCUAAUAUUAAAAUAACAUCUCCGUGCAAAUUAUUUGUGACUGGUAGCUAUUUUUGUGUCACGCUAAAAAGACAUCAAUCGGCCGCAGCAGUCCUGUGUUGUUAAAUAACGGCCACUUUUGGGCUUUGGGGUUGAAUCUCGGGAAGCCUUCUGUGCAUGCCGCUGCCAAUCAAGGCGAAA